AUGGAAGGACAGGCAGCUAAUAGCGUGAGCCCUACUAUCGAGUCGUGUCCGGGCAGUAGGCGUUCAUUCUUCUGUCGCAUGAAAUACAAGUUUCACAUCAAUCGUAACGAUGGGAAAGGCAUUCAAGGGUUGGCUAAUAAAAAGAGGCAACGGAUUAACAUAACGAACGACAAAUACUGCGAUCUUUAUUGCAUGGGUUAUCUCAAGUCGUGGACCACUCAGGAAGGUCAGCCACCAUCACCUACCUGUGCGGCCACAUCCCAGUCCACUAGUGAUGAAAGUGGUGCUAAAGUGUGUCAAUCGAGUGGCUGUAGUCAGGGAUGUCUGGUGGCGAUGGCGAGGGUUAUGCCGCAGACCGAUAGACAACAUCACGUGUCCGAUAAGAUAUUUCCCGUCAAACCCAUUGAGUACACCUCAAGACAUAGCAUGGAUGGCAUGUAUUUGUUUGUGGACCAGAGAGUGACACCACUAUUGGGUUAUUUACCACAAGAACUAUUGGGCACUUCGUGUUACGAUUAUUGUCAUCCGGACGAUGUGCUAACACUGGCUGAGAGUCAUCGCACCGCACUACAUCAGCAAAACGUGGGCAAGAAUUCGCUGCCCUAUCGGUUCCGAACCAAAUUAGGGACGUAUCUCUAUUUAACCACUUUGUGGAAGACAUUCAAGAAUCCAUGGACUCGUGAGUUCGAGUACAUGAUCGCCAUCAGCGAGAACGUGGCCACACCUGACGAC